AUGGAAGGCUCUCCGUAUGAUCAGCUAACGAGGGAGGAGCUCAUUGAACGAUUGAAGGCGCUUGAAGCUUCGCAGAACACCGCCGUGACGGAUCGAAAAGGCUCGUCGAAAAUCAAAGCACAACGACCAUUUGAUAUGAGCAAGUAUUCUCAGCAACACAUUGCCCUGAAAGUGGCCUAUCUAGGCUGGAAUUAUCUUGGAUUCGCUUCACAGGGAAACGAAGCUGAAGUACCUACCGUUGAAGGUGCGAUCUUCAAUGCCCUAAAGACUUCGAGAUUGAUUGAAAGUCCCGACAAGUGUAAUUUUUCGCGCUGUGGUCGUACCGACAAGGGAGUCAGCGGUUUAGGCCAGGUGGUGGCAUUGGAUGUUCGCAGUAAUCCGGAAAAAGAAAUACCCUAUAUUGAAACCAUCAAUCGCUUACUGCCAGAUGAUGUACGCGUACUUGCAUGGGCACCCGUCCCUUCCACCUUCAAUGCCAGAUUUAACUGCAAAUCUCGAACGUACAAGUAUUUCUUUACCAAAGGGAACCUCGAUCUGGACGCGAUGCGGUUGGCGGCCAAUUAUAUGAUGGGAGAGCACGAUUUCCGCAAUUUCUGUAAACUCGAUCCGUCCAAGAACAUUACCAACUAUCACCGCACCAUUGUCUCUCUCGAUAUCCGUCCCGUCCAUGGGAUGGACACAAGUUCAAUGGGCCAAGCUUUUGAAUUUUACGAAGUCGAGCUGAAAGGUACCGCAUUUUUAUGGCAUCAGGUGCGCUGCAUCAUGUCCAUUCUUUUCUUGGUGGGCCAGAAAUUGGAAGCCCCCGAAAUCGUCCAGGAGUUGUUGGAUAUCAGCCGAACGCCCUCUCGUCCCGAUUAUCCCAUGGCCAGUGAUUUGCCAUUGUUAUUGUACGACUGUGAAUUCGAAGAUAUCAAUUGGAUUUAUGCAUCCGACAACGUCAAUGUGGCGGUUCCUUCGCCGCUGCGAACGCAUAAGCAUUUUCACGAAAUGUGGAAUGCGCAAAUGAUCCGUGGUCUGAUGUGUCAAACAUUCCUCAGAUCAAUCGACCAGUCAGUCCUCAAAAUAGAUCAAGACACGAUGACCUUGCGAGAUUACAUGGAUUCCGGUAUGGCGGAAGCGAAGCAAAGUGCAGCCUGUGUCUUGUUGGGUGGCGGUAAAGAAAUCCGGACGGCGAGAUACAAAAGACUCAUGGAUCGACAACGCGCGGAUUCGGACGCAGUAAAGAAGGAGAAGUACGAAGCCAAGAAAAAGCGAAAACUAGCAUAG